UGAAUGGCCAUUGAAGCAGCAAUCAGCGGUAAAUAUGUUAUGAUACCACGCUCCAAACAGUCACCGAACGGAUCGUCCGAGGCUGCGGGAGCGCACUUUGGCACCGGGUAGACACUUUAUGAAAUGCUGCCGCUGUACGGCUGCGGAUUCGCUGUGCGCGGAGGCUGGCUGCAAAUCAGAUCAGGAGUCGUUUUCUGGGGAUUUGAGCAGUGAUGGACAGAUGUUGGACAUGCUUUUGGCGCAGAGGUUGAAGAUAAAUUGACUGUACGGUAACGGGCUAUAGUCUACCAUGGACCAAGGACCUUUUUUUUGUGGCUGCCAGAGGAGGAGGAGGAGGAGCGGCUGAGUUUCUCCUCCGCUCCGAUCAGCGCAAGCGUGCGGGGAUCGUGAUGAUGCUUUUUGGCCAAACGUGAGGAUCCCACCGUCGUAAAGGCUGCAAUGUUUAGUCAGCACAGGUGCAUGAAGACUUGACGGGACAAAAUAAAAGCCGCCAACAUGGGAUUCACCUUUUUAUUUCCCUUCACCUCCGUCCUUUCUGUCCACAAACCGUUUACACAAAUACAGGAAACACAUCCGAUGGUAUAACGGAUUCACAGUGUAAUUGAUGGUGUUGCGCUAUGAUCUCUGGGGACUAUCUGAGUUGUGUAAUAUUUUUUUUUCAUCUACAGCGCGCGCUGCCGUGCAACCUCUCCAUGGAUGGUAGUUAAUUGGGCCCAACGAUGUAGCGCCAAGUCCACCUGGAUCUAAUGUUCCUUCCUCUCGCGGCGAAACUGGUUCCCCUGUGACUUUUGCGCAUGUUCAAUUGUUUUUAUUCCCAGAGCUUUUUAUCACUCCUGGCUGUUGCUUUGGGUAAUGCCAGUUAGAUUUUGAAAGAUUUUUGAAUGAAUGUUUGCCUAUAAAAGUGGGAGAUCGGUGACGUUUUACUUUAGAGCUGUUUAGCUGACCAACUAUGGGGAAUUCAAUUUAUGACAGACAUUUAAUUCGCCUCAUCUUUGGGGCUAAAUAGUCCCCGGACCUUUUUUUGGAAGUAGAACAAAAGUUUUCCUGCAGUGUUUAUUUGUUGAGGCUCGUUUCUGUUAUUGCCUCCCGUUCUCCACUAUGUCCAGAUCAAACAGUGUCAGCCCACCCGGAGUCGGUGCGCCCGGGUUGAGGGGAGGGACCGAGCACAGAUCAGCUUGGGGAGAGUCUGAGUCCGUGGCCAACGGGUGCCCAUACUCUACUAGAUCCCCGCGCAAGAAGCUCACUCGGACCAACAGUCGGUGGAGGGACGAGGAUGAUCUGGACCACCGGCAGCCCGGGCGAGCUUCAACGACCGUCAGCAGGGUCAGCUUUAGGUCCAGGUCGGCUUGGCAGGACUAUGGCGAUGAGACCCGAGACAACAACCGCGCGUCCCCUAAACGCCCAGACGGCGAGGUGAGACCCAAGUCUGUGGAGCUGGGUUUGGAGCAACGGAAAGCCAAGCCGAGGACCGACGAGGAGGAGGUCAUGCCCGAAGUUAACUUUUCUUUAGUGACGUGCUGCACCAGCGUCAUGCACAUUUUCAAAUCCAAGAAAUUCCAGUCGGAAAAGUUGGAGCGGCUCUACCAGCGCUACUUUUUCCGUCUCAACCAGAGCAGUUUGACAAUGCUCAUGGCUGUGCUGGUGCUGGUCUUCACGGUCAUGCUGGGCUUCCACUGCUCUGGCGGGACAACGAGGCCGAGCGUAACUUAUGUGGUUGUAUUUUCCGUGGCCAUCUUCCUCACACUCAUACUUAUGGUGGUCUGCAACAGGAACGGGUUUCACCAGGACCAUAUGUGGAUUGUGUGCUAUUUGGUCAUCGUGGUGGUGCUGGUGAUCCAGGUGGUUGGAGUGCUGCUCGUGCAGCCAAGAAGUGCCUCAGAGGGGAUCUGGUGGACCGUGUUCUUCAUCCAUGUCAUCUACACUCUGCUGCCCGUCAGGAUGCGCGCCGCAGUCAUAACUGGAGUUAUUCUUUCUGCCAUCCACGUGACUGUUUCUUGGACGUUAAACGGCAUGGACAGCUUUCUGUGGAAACAGAUAGUGUCCAAUGUGCUGAUCUUUUCCUGUACAAACAUCGUGGGAGUGUGCACCCAUUACCCAGCUGAGGGCUCCCAGAGGCAAGCCUUCCAGGAGACCAGGGAAUGCAUCCAGGCUCGCCUCCACUCCCAGAGGGAAAACCAGCAGCAGGAACGUCUUCUGCUCUCAGUGCUUCCUCGCCAUGUUGCCAUGGAGAUGAAAGCUGACAUAAACGCCAAGCAGGAGGACAUGAUGUUUCACAAGAUCUACAUCCAGAAGCACGACAAUGUCAGCAUCUUAUUUGCAGACAUUGAGGGUUUCACCAGUCUGGCAUCCCAAUGCACAGCGCAGGAGUUGGUGAUGACUCUUAAUGAACUCUUCGCCCGCUUUGACAAGCUGGCAGCGGAGAACCACUGUCUGCGGAUCAAGAUCCUGGGAGACUGCUACUACUGCGUGUCUGGGCUGCCAGAGGCGAGGGCUGACCACGCCCACUGCUGUGUGGAGAUGGGGGUGGACAUGAUAGAGGCCAUCUCGCUGGUACGGGAGGUGACUGGGGUGAACGUGAACAUGCGAGUGGGCAUCCACAGUGGCAGGGUGCACUGUGGGGUGCUGGGACUCAGGAAGUGGCAGUUUGACGUCUGGUCCAAUGACGUCACACUAGCCAAUCAGAUGGAGGCUGGGGGCAAAGCUGGACGUAUUCAUAUUACUAAGGCCACUCUGAAUUAUCUGAAUGGGGACUACGAUGUGGAGCAGGGAACAGGGGGAGACAGAAAUGCCUACCUGAAGAAGCACAACAUAGAAACCUACCUCAUUGUGGGCUGCAGUCAGAAAAGGAAAGAGGAAAAGGCGAUGAUAGCCAAAAUGAGCCGACAGAGGACUAAUUCUGUCACCCACAACAGUGGCCACUGGACUGACCGUCCGUUCUACAACCAUCUGGGCGGCAACCAGGUCUCCAAGGAGAUGAAGAGGAUGGGCUUUGAAGACCCUAAAGACAAGCAUUUUAUUUUCAGGAACACGCAAGAGAACCUAAACCCAGAGGACGAAGUGGAUGAGUUUCUGGGCCGGGCCAUCGACGCGCGCAGCAUCGACCGUCUGCGCUCCGAACACGUCAAAAAGUUCCUGCUCACCUUCAGAGAGCCUGACCUGGAGAAAAAGUACUCCAAACAGGUGGACUCCAGGUUUGGAGCUUACGUGGCCUGCGCCGCUCUCGUCUUUCUCUUCAUCUGCUUCAUCCAGAUUGUCAUUGUGCCACCCUCCAGUCUAAUGAUCGGCUUCUUCAUCGCCUGUCUUAUUAUCCUGAUGGCUGUCAUGUUUGUCUCAAGUGUGUACUGCUGUUUUGGGCUCUUCCCAAUCCCUCUGCAGACUCUUUCUAAGAGGAUAGUCCAGUCUAGACUGAACAGCACUCUGGUGGGCGUCUUCACCAUUAUCGUUGUCUUUCUUUCUGCUUUCAUCAAUAUUUUCACCUGCAGCAGUAAUGACUUGCGGAGCUGCAUCAAGGCAGAGCUUAACAUCAGUCUGGACAGCGUGAACAUCUGCCAUGUCCACCUCCUGAACUACAGCCUGGAUACACAACACAGCCCCUGUGGAGACAACUCCCUCAUGUGCAGCUUUCCUGAGUACUUCUCGUGCUGUGUGCUGCUGAGCCUGCUGGCUAGCUCCGUCUUCCUGCAGGUCAGCAGCAUCGGUAAACUCUUCCUCAUGCUCUUCAUCGAGCUGCUCUACCUCCUCAUCAUGGAGGUGCCUAAAGUGAGCCUCUUCGACAACCAGGACCUACUGGUGAUGGCCAACGCCAUCAAUGAUUUCGAGCACAUGAAUGGAACAAGCUGUGUGGCGGACUCCAAGGUUCCUCUGAAGAUCAUGACCCCGGUGGUCAUCACUGUCUUCGUUCUCGCCCUCUACCUUCACGCCCAGCAGGUGGAGUCCACGGCCAGGCUGGACUUCCUCUGGAAGCUACAGGCCACAGAGGAGAAGGAGGAGAUGGAGGAGCUGCAGGCCUACAACCGCCGUCUGCUCCACAACAUCCUGCCCAAAGACGUGGCCGCCCACUUCCUGCAGCGUGAACGGCGCAACGACGAGCUGUACUACCAGUCCUGUGAGUGUGUGGCAGUCAUGUUCGCCUCCAUCAGCAACUUCUCAGAGUUCUAUGUGGAGCUGGAGGCCAACAAUGAGGGAGUGGAGUGUCUGCGGCUGCUUAACGAGAUCAUCGCUGACUUUGAUGAGAUCAUCAGUGAGGAACAGUUCCGUCAGCUGGAGAAGAUCAAGACCAUCGGCUCCACCUACAUGGCGGCCUCCGGCCUCAACGACUCCACAUAUGACAAGGCUGGACGCACGCACAUCCGCGCCUUGGCUGACUACGCCAUGAGGAUGACGGACCAAAUGAAAUACAUCAACGAACACUCCUUCAACAACUUCAAGAUGAAAAUAGGUCUCAACAUUGGCCCUGUGGUUGCCGGGGUGAUCGGGGCCAGGAAGCCUCAGUACGACAUCUGGGGGAACACAGUGAAUGUGGCGAGUCGUAUGGACAGCACAGGUGUACCGGAGAGAAUCCAGGUGACCGCAGACCUGAACCAGGUACUGAGCUCCUAUAACUACACACUAGAGUACAGAGGUGUGGUCACAGUCAAGGGCAAAGGAGAGAUGAUGACCUAUUUCCUCACCGGCGGACCACCUAGCAGUUAACCCCAACUUAGUGACUAAUAGACACUCUGGGGUAGGCGCCUUAACUCAGCCUCUGACGUAAGGAACAGGCUCAUGGACCAGGCUCAUGGACCUUUGAUAUCUUAAGGCUGACUGAGACUGACUGAAGCUUCCCUUCUCACUGCGCCGAUCCUUUAUCAAACCUACUGAGACCCCAAUGGGGAAGGAUGAGAAAAUUCCUCCUAAAGCUUAGCCUGCGGAGGAUACUAUGAGUGGGAGAGGCCUGGCUAGCCUGAAUCUGCCAUUGAGACCAAAGAUCAGUGCGAUUCUAGGUCCUGAAGGAAGAAUGUUCUGGAAGAAAUUUGAUUUGCUUCAAUCUGCCUGAUUUUGUGAUGGCUUCAGACAAACCUGCAGGACGUGAACAACAUCACUUCCUCUGUUUCUCUCUGCCUUUCUCCUGCUGAAGUAUAUAUGUACAUGUAAAACGCAGACAGUUUUAUGUGUAUGUAUAUGAUUUUAUGUACUGUAUGUAAAACACAUUUUGUCUAUGUUGUCAUGAUACAGGUACAAAUCUCUGAACACUCAGCCAGCACCGCAUCACUAUCCCUCCUUGUGUCAAUACCUGAUCACGUCGGUAAUUAACAGAUUGAUGGAGGGAGUAGGUUGUAUCUAAUAAGUGAAGAGUGCGUCUUACAGGUGACAAGUUCCCCCAGAGGCAGUUUUUUUUUGUAAGAAGAGAGAGAAAAUGCUACGCAGUGUUCACAGAAAGCUUCCCAUCAGACAUAUAAAUUCACAAACUCACACUACAGUAUCAACAGCAUUUACACACACAGGAAACACAAAGAGGAUGUCAAUGAAGAGCUUUUUCUAAUCUUCGACAUUUUGUAUUUUGACUUCAGAACACCAAACACUAUCAGAUAUUUUAAGAUUCUAUAUUUUGUACAUUAAUAUAUUAGAGAGCUAUCUAUAAACACCAAUGUGUAUUCAGAUGUACAUACUGUAUCACUUUCAUGUUGGUAUUUCAGAAGUCCUCACUGAUGUUGCCUGGUCUUAGCGUAGCCCCACAGCUGAUGUACCAUUUAGUCUCAGUAGACCCCUGCCCCCAUGCUCAUUUAUGCUCAAUCAGAUGGUACGACCCAAUGAAUGUCCAAUGAUCUCCAAUGAGGCCUUUAAUAUGAACUACAUACUGACGACGCAGAUGAUGCUCAUCCUGUGGACAGGGAUAGAUGACGCCCAGGUGGAAAUUUUAACUGCAGUUAUUUUCUUAUCAGAGCAGUUUUCUUCAGUAUUACAGCAUUACUCAGCAUGUCAUCAGACAAACUGUCUGUAACCUGGCGGUUUCAUAGAUUUAAAUUUUUAUUGUGACCAAACAUUACAGCUGGUUCUGUUUGUCUUGGCUGAGUCACAGAGUACAGUAAUCAGUAAAUGUCUGGACAGAGUGUCAAGGGAGAAUAUACUAAGAAUAUUGAGAAAUAUGGCAAAUUUGUAGUUGUAUAUACAAUAAACAGUUUCUUUUGUUAAGAUAUCUUAUGAAAAGACCAAAAUCUUACUGUUAGUUCAUUUGUCACAACUUUCUGACUUCCCUAUUCUAUUGCUACACACACUCUGCGCCCUAGCCUAUUUGUUUCUCGAGACGACAAACCUUUAAAAAACUAUAAACACAGAUAUAACAUUUGUUGAAGUGAGCAUUUAACAUAGCUUUGGUGCACUACACUAGUGAGGAUGUACUUCACCAAGACAUUGUGUUCAGUGUGUUGACACAAAAGGAACUAGUAUAUGGAGCCUUCACUGUGCCACUGGAAUAAUUAUAGACUUUUACAAUGUUUAAAACAUUUUUAUUGAUACAUUAUAUAUUUAAUUAAUUAUGGCAAUUAAAUUUGAAUUGAAAUGAUGCAAAAAAAAAAUACUCGAGUAAAUAAUUAAAAGAUAAUUAAAUAUUAAAAAGAUUGGCCAGCUGCAAUGUGUUGGCCGGACUCUGGCCAAUAAAUCUUCUGCUACUGCUCAGUGGCUUGAACGACUAUUUCUUGUAUAACACAGAGGAAUAAGAUAUAUCUGGGUUUUGCUUCACAGGCAGUAUUUGUUUGUAGGAUCAAUUGAUUGAUGAUUUUGGUCUUUUCAUGGACGUGAAAAUAUGUAUAUUAGUACCAACCUUAUCUUAUGUUGGUGGAUUUGCUUUUAGUUUCCUGUUUAAGAAGGAAAGGAUAAACUUGACACUUAAUCCAAAUGUUUGCUUUGAGUCUAUUGGAUGAAAAUACUACUAAAAGUUUAAGUGUCGUCCCAUUUGACUCAUUGAAUGCAGUGCCAUCAUACACCCAUUUUUAUACUGCUUAUUUUGCAAGAAUGUGCCAUUAGAAAACACAAGGGGUAGGAGAGUUGGCACAGAUCAGAGGAGUGUAGCAAUGAGGUGCCUGAGGUGGAUAAUUUCUUAGGUUUAAAAAGUCGGAGAAGCUCACCACCUUUUCAUUUCUACAGCUGAGGAUCCUCAUGAUGAAUCUGAUAAGAUGACUAGGUGAGGCAGCGUCUGUGACAAAACAGCUUCAGAGACAAAACCAUGGGUUGUGUUUGUUGUCAUGCCAAACACUGCUGUUUUCUUGUUUGUUUGUUUUUUUACAGUCAAAUAAACUCCUGAGAUGUUUCACAGGUACUACCUGAA